AUGCUUGGCGAUGAUUCUCUUCCCCCGUACGCCGCGUCGUACGACCUCGCAGACCUUUUGAACGCGGACUUUCUGACUUCCCCAGCAACCCUCGCUUCCAACCAAGCUUCGUCGUCAACAGCAUCAGAUAUGAACGACUCGGGUCCAUCGUCGCCGACCUCGUCGCACUCACCCGCAGCUCUUCAGACACCGCCGCAACCACAACUACCCACCGCCUUCCCCGACAUCCUCGACCCAAGCCCUUUCGUCACUCAUCCGUAUCAAAACGUUUCAUCAAACAGCCCCAGUGGCAAUAUAUUCUCCUUCAUCGACGAUGAAGCUAACCCUACAUCGAAACCAGUUGCUGGAUUCGACCCUUUCAACUCGUUUGGAAUGGGCAUGGGGAACGCUUUCUCUGGCAUGGCUAUGGAUUUCGGGGCGAUGGGGAUGGACAUAGCGGGGCUAUCGAUGGAUAUGGAUCUCUCCGUUCCAAUUGAUGCAUCCACUGAAGCUCCAACGGCCGCGAACUUGGAUCCAAGAGCUGGCACCGAAAUGGACGCCCACGAGUCAACCCCCGCGCUAUCUCCUGAAUCGGGCGUCAACCCCCAGCUCGUUGGCACACCCGCGCCUAGCAAGCAUGAAGAAGAGGACGAGGAACGUGAGGAGGAACAUUCAGCAGAGGAAGAUGACGAAGAUGAAGAAAUGGACUUCGAUCAACCUCCGAAGAAGAAAGGACGCUCGACCCGCAAGUCGACCCGCAAAACUACUCAACAACAGCAGCAAGCCCCUCGUCUGACCCUCACUAUUGCCCCAGUGAAAGCUGGUGGACACGGCAAAGCCCGACGAGGUACAGUUCAGGGCGGUGGGGUUGUCAAAAAGAGCUCCGCCGGUGGGGCCUCGCCGUCGUACACUCCGUCUUUGGUGGUCAAACCCAUUCCCUUGGAGAAGGAGAACUCGUCGAGUCUACCCAACUCGAACGCUAUCAGUGUACCUCGCGCAUCUACAUCAACCCUUCCCCCUCCUGCAGUCGUCUCAACAUCCCCCAUCGCAACAACCUCAGGCAAGGGCAAGCGAUCGGCAUCUGGCAAGGAAAAGGCAGGUCGUUCAGAUCGGAGCGAGCGUGCAGAACGGCCGCUUACCCUCCCCGAGAAGCUUGCGCAGCUGAAGUCUGCCUCGACGCCCAUCGUAGCGAAAAGUCUUGGACUGGGCGACUGGGUUGGUGGUAACAUCAAAGGUAAUUUUGAUCUCCUUGCUCUAUCUCCAGAUAGGUCGGACUCAUCAUCUUCCGCAGGCAACGCAGCGAGCAUCGGUGAUUCCGCAUCGGAAGCAGGCGAUGUGUCUGAUCAUCAUUUUACGUUUAUGGGGUCUUCGGCCAAUGGAGGGGCCAUGUCUGCGCAGGAAGCUAACUUCCUUGCAGGGGAAGACAGAGAUGAUGAUAUCCCAGCGGAUUGGCGCCCUCCCCCUGAGGUCUUCCAGAAGAUGUCGAGUAAGGAGAAGAGACAGUUGAGGAAUAAGAUCAGUGCUAGGAAUUUUCGGGUUCGACGGAAAGAAUAUAUCUCGACGCUGGAAGGGGAUAUUGCAGAACGCGACCAUCUCCUCCAAGUUGUGAGAGCGCAGUUGGGCGAAACGCAGAGUGAGAAUGUCGCGCUAAGACAGGAGAUUGAUGCAUUGAAGAAGGUGUUGUUAUCUGGAAGGGGGAGCGGGGGAGAGAAUUCACUAGAUGGUGUUGUCCUCAACCUCCCUCCACCAGCACCUCUCCCAGCACAGAGCGCCGCGGAGAAACUUGCCGCCGCCGCCUCUUCACCCUCGCCUUCCUCGUCGUCUCUCCUCACUCCAAAUACUCAGAAAGACCUACCUACUACACCUCGCCUCGGUGGCAAACGCGGCGGAUUCUGGGGAGGCGUAUCAUCCGGCGUCGGACUGGGUGGUAUCACUCCAGUUCAUACCACCAUCAUGCCUGAAUGGGGCAGUAUCCUCGGCAUGGGCGUAUUCGGGAACGCCAGUAGCAGCGAUUCGAGCUCUAGCAGCUCAGGCUCUAGCCCCAGCCCCCACAGCGAUUAUGGGAGUGAGGAUGAGGCCACGGUGCAUACCAGUGAGCGUCAUCCGAAGGAGAUGGAGAAUAUCAAUCCGGGAUUGAAUGGAAUAACCGCGCGGGAGCAAGAGGCGGAUACUUACAACGGAAAUGGCAUGGGCAUGGGUAUGGGAGGCGGAUUGGAAGGCUUCGCGGAUAUGAAUCCGUUUACGAUGAAGACGCUCGAUAUGUACAGGAUGCACCUUUGGGGACGGAUGGCAGCGCAGUAUCAACAACACCAGCAACACCAGCAGAGAACCCCUGCGGCGGCGAAACCGCUUACGGGGCUCGCCAGUUCGUUGCGGCCAGCGUAUUUCGCGCCUUCUGCCAAGGGCAACGUCUCGCCGGCUUCGGCAUCGCCUCCGCCACCUUACACACCCUACGCACAUGGCCAUUCCUCCGGCGCGAUGGUUGGCGGUCCAUUGAGCGCGUUGCUGAUGGGCAAAUCCAUUCCUAUCUACUGUCCACAAAGUAGCAAGCCGCCUUCGUACUAUUCGGGGUCGACGAAGCAGACGGUCAAAGAGGAGGAGAAGGACGUGACAAUGAAGCAGUACGCCCAGUUCCAGAGAGACCGGGAGAGAGAGGUGCAGCAGAACCAAACCGACGCGGUCGUUGCUGCUCUCGCUACUCAGACGGUGUUCAGGAGGUUGGGAUCGGCUUUCUGGGAGGCGUUUGCGGGUUCGCCUUCGCCAUCGUCAUCUUCCUCCGCGGGCUCAAGCACCAAUUCGUCACUUCCAAGACACUUUGUUGCGAGCAAAUGGGAUGUGGAGAAGAUGCAGAAGGUGUUGGAGGGUAAAGCUGUCUUGAAGGUCGUGGACAUUGAGCCAACGCCAGUGCUUACGGAGAAGAGGGAGAGGAGGGAGGUUAAGCGCGAGAUGAAGGAUACCGUCACCCAUCAACGCGAGGAGGGUCCGGCGGUCAAGUGUUUGAGCCAGAUGCUGGAGAGCCUUGCGUUGAAGUAA